AUGAAUAAAAAUUUUGUUUUGUAUUUAUUUUAUUUUAUUUUUUUAAAUUAUUGUAAUAGUCAAUCAUUGAACAUAACAGAUAUUUCAGAAGCAAAUUCGUAUAUAGUAUAUCCUGAUUCAUCAAAUUCACAAACUUGUUCUUUUAAUUUUAAAUUUUUUAUCCAAACUGUUAAUAUAAUAAAUUAUUCUGGAAGUUCAUUUUCAUUUUUAUUAUCUAAAUCUUUUGUUUUGGAUACAUCAUCAUUUAUAACUAAAGAUGGUCAUGCAUAUGCAUCUUUUAAUGGUUUAAAUUUGCCAUUAGGAAAUGAUAGUCUAAUAUUAACAUCAACUUAUGAAAAUUCAGAUGGUAUUAAAAUUCAACAAAAUUAUUCAAUAUCUUAUAAAUGUGAAUUAAUUGAAUUUAAUUCUUUGGGUUAUAAGGUUUUAUUAACAAAUAAUUUUAAAAAAUCUAAAUCAGGAAUGAAUGGAAUUAUUCAAUUUACAGGAUUAAAAAAUAAACUAAAAUCAUUAAGUUCGAGUGGGGGAAUUUUCAAUGUCAAACCAACAUUUCCAAAUAGUUUUUCAUUUUCUGAUUAUCAAUUUCAAAAUUUAACAAAAGAAAAUAUAAUUUCACUUUUAUUUAAUAAUGGUAAUAAUAUUACAGUAAAAUUUCCAUCAUCAUUUAGUUCAUAUUAUAAUGUUGAUGAAAGCAAUUCAAAAGUUGUAAUUUAUCCAAGUGAAAGCACAAAUAUAAUUGAAUAUGGAUAUGACAAUUCUCCACUUUAUUCAGUUACAAUAAAUAAAACCAGUGUUGAUUAUGAACCUUAUAUUCAAGUUAAUAAUGGGUUUAGCAACUAUUCUCAAAUAACACCAAUAUAUCAAAAUGACAAAACUGUAACAUAUUUAGGUCAACUUAUUAAUUCAGCACCUUCAAAAUUAUCAAUUUAUUCAGAGUUUAAUAAUUCUUUAAUAAAAAUCUAUGAAACACCAAUUUUAAAUAUUACAAAAUUUAGUAAAGAACCUUUUGUUCCAAAUCCAUUUAUUGUUACAUACUUUAAUAGUGAUGGUAUUUUUUUAUUAAAUUCAUCAAUGUUUACAAUUACCACAUCAAAUCAAUUUAAUUUCUUAACAACAACCUAUUCAUUUGGUUUAUUCACAAAAGAUUUUCAAUGGCCAUUUGGUUUUGGAAGUGGUAAUAAUUUUAAUUAUAAUGUAUCCGCUUCAUUUUUGAGAUACAAGGCUCUCAUUAGUUCACCAAAAGUUUUUACUGUUGAUAAAACAAAUCUAAUCAACAUUAAUUCAAAUAUAAUUGCACCAACUGUAAAUGCACCAAUUCUUUUAAAAUUUGAAUGGGUUCAUUUAUUUUCAGGAAAUUAUUUAUUAAAAUUUAGGGUAAAAGAUAAUGGAUAUGAAGCAUUUGUUGGUAUUGGUGAUGUCAAUACAAUUGCAUUAAGAUAUGAAUCAAUGAUAGAUAGUGAAAGUAUAGGUGAUGAAAUUGUAUUUGCAGCAGUUAUAGAUACAUACAGAUAUCCAAUUGACAAAUUUAUUGUAUUCGAUAGAUUGGGACAAACAGAAACAUAUUCAAUCGGUCAAUAUUAUUCAGUUAAUCCACUUUUAAAAAUUGAUUCAUUUUAUGAAAAUAAUAAUAAAAAUAAUAAUAAUAAUAAUAACUUAUUACUUAUUAAUAAUAUUACAUUUUUUAAUAAUUUUAUCGAUAUAAUAAAUAAAUCAGUUGAUAAUGUAGUUUAUUUUACAUAUAAUGGAGGUAGAAUGGAUAAUGAUGAAAAACCAAUUGGAUUUAUGUUAAUGGACGUAGUUACAUUAGUAAAGAAUAGUAAAUACCAUUUCAACAGUUCAACACUAUACUUUUCAACUUGGAAUUCAACAAUAUCAAUGUAUCAAAUUAAAUUUAAAAUACCUGCAAAUACCCAACCUGGUCAUAUUCCAUAUAGAUUCUUUAUCAACUCUUAUUCAACACCUUUAGAUAGUGAAUUCUUACCAUCAUCUGCACAACUAUAUGUAACAUUAUCAAAUUUCGAUGGAUAUGGACCAAUAUUUAGUAAUAUUGAAAAGGUUAAUUCAACAAAUGAAUUUGGUUGGAAAUUUACAAUAGAUGAUCCAAUUAAUGGUUUUGAUUAUGCUGAUAUUAUAGUUAGAGGUGAAAUGGAUAGUUCAACUUAUAAAUUCCAUUUAACAACUCAAAAUUUAACAAGAGGUGAUAAAUUUAAUGGUGAUUAUCAAAUUAAUAUAACUUUACCAAGUAAAUGUGCAUCUCAAAAUUAUAUUAUCACACAAGUUAAAUUAUAUGAUACUCAAGGUAUUGGUUGCUACUUUUCAGUAUCUGAAUCAUUUGUAGGUGGUGGUGUUAAUAACCCAUUUAUAAAUUAUUUAUUAGACUCAACAAUAAAUAAAUUAUAUAAAAAGUGUAGUGGUGAAAAUGAUGGUAUCGAUAGUUCACCACCAAUUUUAACAUUAUUUACACCACAAGUAGCUAUUCCUGCAGAUGGACAUAUGGAAGUAUAUUUCUCAUUUGAAGCAACUGAUUACGAAAGUGGAUUAAAAGAUCUUCAAUAUCCAAUGGUUUACGUUGAAGCAAUUGAAUUUCAAAUAUUUGAAUGUGAAACAAUUAUUAAAUCAAAGAAUAUCACCUCUGCAACCUAUCAAUGUUACGUUUACUUACCAAGAGGUGUAUUGUACACUUCAGAAAUUACAUUCAGUGUUUAUGGAUUAAUUAAUAAUGGUGGUUGUUAUGGUGGUUAUUCAAGCGACUCACUAAGAAUUCUAUUCCCGUAUAAGUUUUCAAUGAAAGCAGUAUCAUCAGGACUUGCUAAAAGGUUAGAUAUCUAUAGAGUUUCUCAAAUUACAACAAGUGGUGGCGAAUUAUGGAUAAUAGGUGCUGGUUUCUUUUCUUCAAAUCUUGUAGUAUUAAUUAAAUAUUAUGGUGAAUCAACAUUUACACAAACAUCAAUACCAACUAUAAGUUAUCCAAAUGCAAUGUUAAUCAAUGAUGUCAAACCAACUGAUAAACCAUUCAUUAUCAAAGUACAAGAAGCUUUCUUUUCAAAUGAAUUCACUGUUUAUCCAUUAGUAUUUGAUAUUCGUUUUGUACCACCAAUUCCAACAGAAUUACCAACAGAAUCCCCAACACCAAAUCCAUCAUCAUCAUCUUCUUCAAUAGACUCGUCAUCGUCAACACCUACAUCAUCACCAAUACCAACGAAUAAACCUCAAACAUGUUUAGGUGAACCAUUAUGUGGUGGAUCAAAACAAGGAUAUUGUUCAUCAAGUGGAUGUGUUUGUUAUCCACCUUGGAUUGGUAAUGAUUGUAAUUCACAAGUUAUAAUUAUACCACAACCAUCAACAAAUACAUCACAACCAUCAACUGAAUUACCAAUUAUCGAUAACAAUAAUCAAACAUCAAAUAUUAAUUUAUAUACAUUUGAUAAAUGGAUUUAUACACCAAUUAAUAAUAUUAAAAGUCAAUACUUUACAAGUAUUCAAAGUGGUGAUACAAAAUCAACAAAUACAUUAACAACCAAUAUUACUGUAACUUUAGAAUGGUUCAAUCAAACAACAAUCAUUCAAUUUGCAAAUAAUAAUAUAACAAUGAAUCCAUCAAGUAUUAAAUAUACAAUUGAAAUUACAGAAUAUAAAUUUUUAAAUCAAUUAAAUAGUCUUCAACUUGUAAUGUCAGCAUUAUUCGAAUCAUCAACUUCCAAAGAUACUUGUUCAUUAAAAGUAUUUGGAGAUACAAGCGAUGGUGAUAAUUCAAACUUCUUUAAAAUUCAAAUUGAUGAUCAUUCACUUUAUGGUAGAUUCAUUAAAAGAGCAAUCAUCGAUUCAAAAGUAUCUUCAAUUGAAAAUCAAUUAUUAGAUUCAAAAAUGAACUCAAUUCAAACAUCAUCAAUAUCACAAUCAUUCAUUGGUAUUACAAUACCAAAUUAUAAACAAUCAAUAAUUAUUGAUCCAGACUUUUCAGUAUUAGUAGAUAGUAAACCAGUAUCAAAUAAUGAUAAUAAUUCAAUUUGUACAUCAAAUAAAUCAAAACUAACAAGUUCUCAACUCGCUGGUAUUAUUAUUGGUUCCGUUGCUUUUGCUGCUGUCGUUGUUGUUGCAGCUUCUUAUUUUAUUAUAAAAAAGUGGAAAGACGAUAAAUUUGUAAAAACAUUUAAUAGAAAAUUAAAAAAACUAUCAUAA